AUUUUUCUUUUUUUUCCUAACAUCUCUUUCAGAUGCUGAUCUCCCCAAUAUUUCGACUCAAGCUUACGUAAGAUUGGCCGUAAAUCCUCACUCAAAACCGAAACACAGUUAACCCUUCUCUCAGAUGUAUGGCCGAGAGUGAAAGUGUAAGCAUCGCAUGUACGGUUUUGUUAGCCUGGAAUUGUGAUUAUUUUGAUGAAAAACGUUGUUGGUGCGUUCGAUUAUCGACGAAGUAAGUGGACAUUACCGAUAGACGAGAUGCUAUUGUCGAUAAAAGUUCCCGGAAUGCUGGUGCUUUUCCUCUGCUCAUCAUCGAUAGCAAUAGAAUUUGAGGAUCAUUUCAAGGAUUGCCAUCCAAACGUCCCAGAUUUCGACGAGUGUAUUCAACGUGCAUUGAACGAGAUUCGACCUUAUUUUAAGACAGGCGUUCCCAAAUACGGAGCACACAUUCCUUUCGAGCCAUUUUUUAUCAAAAAAGCGAGCACGUCACGAGGUAUACCCAAUUUCGGCUUUGUCAUCACAAUGAACGACAUCGAGGAAGUUGGAUGGGAUUUGAGCAAGGUGACCAAGUUCACCAGCGAUUUGAAGAAUUACAAGGUGGUGUAUACACAAAAUUUCCCAGACAAACGUCUAAAAGGUGCAUACGAAUUCAAAGGAUCUACGUUCAAUUCUACUAUAAGAAAUAGAGGAACGUUCAUGUUACAGCUUUACGAUCUCGUUCAAACGACCACGGUUAUCGCGAAACCAGGAUCAAAAGUUUACGUGAAAGUGGAGUUGAACACGAUCAGAGACAUGAAGUUACACGUCACGAAUUUGUUCUUCGGCAUCAAGUUCAUCGAGAAUUUCAUUGACCACGUUAUAAAUAACACGUGGAAACAAUUCUUCAAGAUAAGCGUACCUAUACUCAACGACCUCAUCUCUGACGGAUAUUUCGAACUGUUCGAUGGCACAUUCCGCAAUUUUCCAUUCGAGAAAAUUAUCAAACCAUAUCCUUAUACGAAUUAGGAGAAUUCGUUUAAAAAGAUUUCCUUUUUCUUCGAGGAUAAUAAGAGGAAUUACGAAAGGCAACCAGGCUCUAUCCGGAUAAUGGAAGAGAAGAGGAUUGGUAUGUAAGUA